AUGCGAUCUGAUAUUCCUUGCCCAGUGAGUUCGAAUCACGAGAAUCCGAACAACGUUCAGAAGCGUGAUGUUGUUGGGAGGCUAGGAAGAGAAACCGCAGCCUGGCUGUCAAAAAUGUGUAGAAAACGGUCAACGGUUAGAACAAAGCAAAAAGUGAAGCGAAAUUUGAAAAAUAAGUACCAGUGUGAGGCGCAGUGUGGAGCGAAUGUGAAAUGGGUGGAAAUUGAAAAAUAUUUCUCAAGAUCAUUGCAAAAGUCAUCUGCUGCAGAACUACAUGCUAGGAUGCAAUCAAUUUCUCAAUAUGGGAUGAGUGUGUCAUCCACCUCCUCUACUUCGUCGGGGCGAUGGACGAAGCGGAAGCCUACACUCACAAGCCUGUCCUAUGCGGGUUCGAAUGAGAAAACCGUCGCCUGGACGCUAUUCAUUAUCUGCGGAAGUACUGCGAUCAGAACUGGUGGGAUGAGCCUCACAGAAGAAUACUAUCUUCUGUGGGUAGGCCUUGCGUUCAACACGCAAAAGAUGGCUGUCAACUAUGAUCCCUCGGGGAGUGUCAAGUGCAUGGAUGUACCUUUGUGGCAAGUCCGCAGAGUCACGUUGCGAAGAAUAGAAGGGAUUGGGACGAGGGAAGGCUGGUAG